GUUCUAGAACAUUUAUCUCAAAGAACUACACAGAACCAUAAAGAUGGUAUAUUUGGUGAAGAGUUUAGAAAGAAAGUUAGGGAGAUAGAAGGAAGAGAACCUAUUGUACAUGACCUUGCAAACGAAAGUUUACAAAAUGUCAUAAAAACUUACUUUGCAGACAAUGAACUGAGAAGGGAUGAAUAUUUAAGAAAACUCAAAUGGACAGUACCAAAUGAAAUGUUAGUAUUGAAAAACAUGUUCCUUGACAAAAUAAAACCAACUACAGAAAUAAACGACGCAAGACUGAAAGAUUGGGUAAAAGCUUUCCCAUUCACAAAGGAUAUUGUUGGUAACAUGGAAAGAAAACCAGAAUGGCUACAAAAACAUAUAUUUGGAAACGAGCUUAUUCCAUAUGGACAAGCUCUGUUUGAAGAGCUUGAACCAGAAACUCAGGAAAGAGUCAUGCAAACAAUACGCAAAGACUCAAAUACAGACUAUGACAAACUCUUUCUAGGAUAUAGGUUACCUGAGAUGGGCGACCAGAGCCAAAAGGCAAAAAGGACAUGGGAAAUUUGCAACAUACUAGAUGAACAUAAUGCAAAGAUGCAACAACUUCAAGCAGAGGGCAAUGAAGGAAAAAGAAGAGUUAAAAACUCAGUCAGGAAGAAAGUAAAGCUUGGUCCACGUGGGUUCUAUUAUGACAUAUAA